AUGUCAACUCAAUCUGAUAUGAAAUCUUAUCAAAUCUUAAAGUGGAUAAAAGUUAUAAUCCUCGGUUCGAUCGGUAAUACGAUCGUCGGUGGUUUAACUGGUUUCAUUGGAUCUUUCUGUCUACAACAUCAUCCAUUGAUAUCGAUUUCGAUUAUCUGGAUAGGUGCUUUGGCAGGUUUGAUCGGUGGUCUUUUACAUGCUAUCAUGGUUUUCUUUACUUCUUAUUUCUUUACUACUUCAACCAAACCAAACCAACCGAAAAGUUUAUCACAAGAAUUACUGUUUAUCUUGACUCAAGCUCCGCUUUGGAGUACGAUUGGUGCUACGAUUAGUUAUACGAUCUUAGUUGAAAAUCCAUUACACUUCAAUCAUCAAGCUAGUCAUCAAAAUCAUUUAUCAUUUUGGAUGGUUUUGUUGACUGCUUUGAUCGGUACUUUUCUCAUUGCUCUUUAUUCGAUAGUUAUGUUUUGGUUUACUAAAUCUGAAUCUCAUUUAUGGAUCUUACAAAACGGUUUGGUAUUAUUGUUUAAUGAAUCUUUUAAACCUUCUUAUCAUGAUUUGUUGGUCAAUCUUGAUUCUCUUGAUACUGAUCCUUUAUUUGAUCAUGAUACAAAAAUUCGAUUAGCUUCUUGA